CAGGUGGGACUUUCUCCACAGAGGAUAGAGAACAGAAUAGUCACUCCCGCCUGCUCUCCUCUCUUCUCUGCUCCUCUUUUUCUCUCUCUUUACCAAGCAAGCACUAACCUGCUCCAGACGAGGCAGCGUGAGAGAGGCUUAAAGGAAGAAAGACGAGCCUGUGCUUAUUUUUACAAACACUCAGGGAUCUUUUACUUAAGGGUUCCUUAAGGGUUUUCCACAGGUUCCUCUAGUUCCAUCUCUCCAGGAAGCGUCCGUCACCAGGUGCAGCAGAUAUCCUGAAGAUGGGUUGCUUUGGAUUUUUGAAAACGAUGAUGUUCCUUUUCAAUGGCAUCAUCUUUGUGGCUGGAGCCGGUGUCCUAGCAGUGGGCAUCUGGGUGAAGGUGGACAAAGGCUCUAUCCUGAGUUUUCUGCAGAACCUGGAAGGCGCACCAUCUGAUCUGAACCAGGUGCUGAAUGUGGGCUACCUGCUGAUCGCGCUGGGCUCUGUGCUGCUGUUGCUUGGUUUCCUGGGUUGCUGUGGCGCAGUGCGGGAGAGCAAGUGCAUGCUGCUGAUGUUCUUCACCAUUAUACUGAUUGUCUUCAUUGCUGAGGUGGCUGGAGCGGUUGUGCUCCUAGUUUUUAAGGGACUGAUUCAAGGUGUGAUCAGUCAAGUCGGGGUCAAGAUAGUGGAAUCUGUCAAAAAGGAUUAUGGAGCUAAUAAAGAUGUUACCGGCCUUCUGAAUGCUAUCAUGGACACGCUGAAGUGCUGUGGAUUCAACAACUACACAGAUUUCACAAAUUCACCUUUUAGCCAAAACAACACCUACCCAUCCCAGUGCUGUACGGUUAGCCCCUGCUUGAAAGUCAACGCCACAGCUGCGAAUGUUACUGGGUGUUUCCCGGCACUGGUUAAAUGGUUUGACUCAAAUUCAGUUGUCAUCAUAGGUGUGGCUCUGGGAAUUGCCGUUCUCGAACUUUCUGCCAUGGUUGUCUCCAUGACCCUGUAUUGCCAGAUAAAGGCAAAAGGUUCCUGAAGCCUGAGGAAAAGAAGAUGCUUCCAGACAUUUCACAAUUACAGAUAUACAUUCAAAGGAACCUUUUUUUAUUUUAAAUAAAUGAUGCUGAAUUGAAUGUUUUUAUUAAUUUGCAUUUAUUAAAAUAAACAAUGUGCUCUAUGUAUGAUAAGAUUAUAUUCUAUAAAGGAUUUAAUGUUUAAUUUGUUACUUAUGUUGAUUUUAAAAUGAGAUACCCAAAAGGUAAUGCUUUGUUAGUAAUUCAUUCUAAUAAUCACUUUACCUUGUUGUAUUAUGUUUGUUUAUUUAGUCAUUUGUUAUGUCCUGUCAAAGGCAAAGUGAUUAAGAAGUUGAUAUAUGAAUGGAUUCAUGACCUGUAAGUUAUCCUAUAGUGCCCUUUACAAAUAUUGUCAGCCCUACUGAGCUUGAGCAAAAUCGGCUGUAAAAACGUUUUUGCUGUGUAUCCUUUUGGUCUUUCAUUCAUUUUAACAAAAAUCUAAUAUUUGAGUGAAAGAACCUAUCUUUUAUCAUGAAAUAAAUAUUCUUCUCAAAUCAA